AUGAAUCAAAGAAAGUAUGCUUUGGAGUUGAUUGCAGAGUCAGGGCUUGGUGGUGCCAAACCUGCUAGUACACCUUUGGAGACCAGUUCAAAGCUUACUUCUGUUGAGUUUGACAAUUUCAUGAACAAAGACUUUUCUAGUGAAAUUAAUGCAGAGGACAAAAAGCUAGAGAAUAAGGCUCAGGAAGACUUGAAGCCUAUUGUGACGCAGAUUGGGGGUGGAUGUUUGCAAACUAGAAGAUCUGUUACAGGAUAUGUAGUCAAGUUUGGUAAUGCAUUAAUAUCUUGGAAGUCAAAAAAGCAAGAGACAGUUGCCAGAAGCUUAGCAGAAGCAAAAUUUAGGAGUAUGCCAUCAACAGUUGCAGACAAAGCUGUAAUUCAGAUUGCAGCUAAUCCAAUAUUCCAUGAAAGAACCAAGCACAUUGAUAUCGAUUGUCACUUUGUGAGGGAAACAAUUAUGUAA